AUGUCAACAAUCGAUGUGGCCCCUGCAGGCUACCCUGCUGAAAUCAUUGGCUACGCGGAACCCUGGAUUGUAAGCCCAGGUGAUGCGGUCGAAAUCAAGAUAUCGUGCACGGAGCCGAAUUACAAAUAUCGGACGGUGCGAAUCAUUCAAGGAGUCAAUCUUGAACAUUCACCCAAGGAGCAGAAGGAGAUCCUGUCACAGUGUCCCGCUGGGACUGGCACUGGGAGGUUUCAGCUUGCUCGACCAGGCUCUUAUGCAUUGGUAAAGAACUGGUUUCCUUCUUCUACCAGAAAUAUCCAGGGUCUCGAUAUUUCCUUCUACUUCCAGCCUUGGUUGCCUGAAGCCGGCCACUACCAGACGCUCUUGUCGUCACUUGAGAUCAGCGACAAGAAGGGCUUCGCACUGGUGAUAAACGAAAAAGGGAGCGCAGAAUUCUGGUCUGGAAACGGUCGCGAAAUUGAGACCAUCAAUACCAAUUUUAAGCCCCAGAGGAAAAGGUGGUCGAAAGUGAACAUUUCCUGGUGCGGGACCGAUCUCACCAUCUCUAUUGAGCCUCUGUCGCUGUUCGCUGCUUCAUCAGGAGAUCCUCUCACCUUCUCGCAUAAGUUGACGGAUCCAAUCGCCAUCUCACACACCAGUGAGUUGCUUUUCGCCGCAAGUAAUGCAGACGAUGCGACAAAAGGGUGGCGUCGAGCCACCAACUUCUUCAACGGCCGUCUCGAUAGCCCCUGCAUUCGCACUAUGGGCCAGACCCCUAUAACCUUGGUGAAGUUCGACUUCUCGCGUGCCAUGUCAACUGAUACUAUAGUGGACGUUUCCGGCAAUGGGCGCAACGGUAAUUUGGUAAAUGCUCCUACCAGGGCUGUCAAGGGCCAUGACUGGGAUGGGACCGAGAAUGAUUGGACCAAAGCUCAGUACGGCUACGGCGCGAUCCAUUUUCAUGAAGACGAUCUCGAUGACGCGGCGUGGCAGACUGAUAUACGGAUCACGAUCCCAGCAGAUGCUCGCUCUGGGGCUUAUGCAGUCGAAGUCGAGUCCGACAAGGCAUCAGACAGCAUCCCUUUCUUCGUCCGGCCAAACAAAAAGGCAUGGGCGGAGCGGGAGGGUAAGGUGGCGUUCGUCAUCUCGACAUUCACUUAUCUGGCGUAUGCCAACGAGCAAUUAUGGAACAGGAAGCGCAUCUCCUCAAUCGAUGUAGGGCCCGGCUUCGAUAUCAACGAUAUCACCAUCACGGAAGACUUUGAGAAGAUGAGACGGCGAACCGACUUGGGCUUAUCGAACUAUGAUGUGCACAAUGACGGAUCUGGAGUGGUCUAUUCUUCGGCUAAGCGACCUAUUCUCAACAUGAGGCCAAACUAUGUCAUGUGGGCCUGGAAGAGGCCUCGCGAAUUCAGCGCAGAUACCAUGAUGAUAGGGUUUCUGGAGCGAGAGGGCAUACCUUAUGAGAUUGUAACGGACCAUGAUCUCCAUGAGCAAGGCGUUGCAGCUAUUCAAGGCUUCAACACUGUCAUUACAGGAAGCCACCCUGAGUACCCGAGCGUCCACUCUUACAAUGCCUAUACAGUAUAUGCUAAGCAAGGCGGCAACCUUGUCUACCUGGGGGGAAAUGGUUUCUACUGGGUCACUUCUACAGAUAUCGCCACCCGGCCGCAUCGAAUGGAAAUUCGCCGUGGGGACCAGGGUGCCCGAUCGUACGAAGUUGAUGGCGGCGAACGAAUCCAUAGCCUGGAUGGUCAACAGGGAAGCUUAUGGAGAUCGCGAGGUCGAGCAUGCAAUGUGCUCUUUGCCAUUGGAUUCGCGGGCGAAGGUGCCGCGCCAGGUGUCCCUUACGCAAGGUCCCAAUUGAGCAAGACGGAUGACAGCGUGGCCUGGAUCUUUGAAAAUAUCGGCAAAGACGAGAUCCUUGGAGAGUAUGGUCUUGGUGGGGGAGCCAGUGGUGACGAGAUGGACCGCUUCGAUGUCAGGAAUGGAAGUCCAGAGACUGCAAAGGUGCUUGCAUCUAGCACUGGUCAUCCUGAUGAGUUUGGCAUUGUGCCUGAAGACGCACCCUUUCCUAUCACCAAUACACUGGGCACGCAGAACCCUCUCAUCCGAUCGGACCUCACGUACUACAUCAACUGCGGUGGAGGAGGUGUUUUCUCGAUGGGUAGCAUCAAUUGGUGCUGCUCACUCGGAUGGGACGACUAUAAGAAUAACAUUGCAACAUUGACUGGGAACGUGAUUAAGGGAUUCUUGAAAGGACGGCGAUAG